UCAUUUCUCUUGUAAAGAGUAGCGACUAAGAGGUCGACCGUGUUGUUAAGAAGCACAACAAAAGACGAGUGGAUAUAAGUGAAUUCAGUCAGAUUUGAAAACGUUAUCAUUAUUGGCGUGGUUGAACUGAUUUAUACAGAAGAACUAAUCAGCAGGUUGAGUGAAGUACAGGGUCUGCUUGGAAGACCACACUGAAGAGAGGAGAAGAAAUAAAAAAGCAGGAGGAGCUGGACGCUGGAGUGCUGAACUUAAACCAUCAAGUCGGCUUUCAGUUUUGGACGUCUUUCUCCGGAGGAGCUUGGCUUUCUGCUUUAAGGAUUUUGAAUGACCAGAGAGGCUAUUUUCCAACAAACAAACAACUAAGUUUCAAAACUGGAUGUUGUAUUGAAUCACCUACACCAAGGAUUAACUUUUGCUUGUUCUUGUGGAUGAAAAUAGUGACAAAGGUCACCUGAUCCAGUAUAUAUAAAUUCAAGACAAUACAAAAACGAAAAAUAAGUGCGAUAUCGAACUUCCUGAUUCGAAGAGAAACAUUCGCCGUUCUGACGCAGGACUCGUACUUCCUUCAACCUGCAGGCGUAUAAUUUUCUAUACUCUGAGCAGGUUUAUUAUAUUUAUGCAUAUAAAUGGUUAUUUCUCUUCAUUUGGAAGAGUGUUUGGUGUUAAACCUAUUCCUGUGACGUCAGUGACUCUCCUUUGAAGAGGUUGCACUGUACCUGUACAUAGAUGUGUAUGUUUGUAAAUGUUAAAACGACUUAAUUGCGAUUAUAUGAUACCAUUGUAAAUGUUUUAUUAGAACUUUUAUAGACCAGUUGUAAAAAGCAAAAAAAAAAAAAAAGAGAAAGAUAACUGGUGAACUUUUGAUAAAUUAAACAAAGAAGAAGACAUUAGAGUAGACUUGAUGGCUACUGCAAAGAUGGAGAGCGUAGGUGCUGUUGCAAUGGGGAUCAGCAAGCAGAACGGACAGCUCCGAGGGCUGAGCUCUCAAUCAGGACCCAGUGUUCAGAGCAAUCCGUUUGCAAGAGUUUCUACUGGGGGCCAAAAACCCGCUGCAGACUCGCAGGAAGGACCUGGAAUCCGGUUUGGUGAAGACUGGAAAAAGAGCCUGCAGCUUCCACCCAAAGACAAUAGAAUGAAAACUUCAGAUGUGACGGCCACAAAGGGAAAUGAGUUUGAAGACUACUGCUUAAAGAGGGAGUUACUCAUGGGGAUCUUUGAAAUGGGGUGGGAGAAACCUUCCCCAGUACAGGAGGAGAGCAUCCCCAUUGCCCUGUCUGGUCGUGACAUCCUGGCUCGUGCCAAAAACGGAACAGGAAAGAGUGGAGCAUACUUGAUUCCCAUGCUGGAGAGGAUAGACCUGAAGAAAGAUUAUAUCCAGGCCUUAGUAAUGGUACCCACUCGUGAGCUUGCACUACAGGUCAGCCAGAUCAGCAUUCAGCUCAGUAAGCAUCUCGGUGGAGUCAAAGUCAUGGCCACCACUGGCGGAACAAACCUUCGAGACGACAUCAUGCGUCUGGAUGAGAUCGUGCAUGUUGUCAUAGCUACACCAGGAAGGAUACUGGACUUGAUCAAGAAGGGUGUAGCGAAAGUGGAUAAAGUUCAGAUUAUGGUAAUGGAUGAGGCUGAUAAGCUGCUCUCCCAGGACUUUGUGGUGCUAAUUGAGGAUAUCAUCAGCUUUCUGGCCAAGAACAGGCAGAUUUUGCUGUAUUCCGCCACCUUUCCCGUCACUGUGCAGAAAUUCAUGGCGAAGUAUCUGAAGAAGCCCUAUGAGAUUAAUCUAAUGGAAGAGCUGACACUGAAGGGCAUCACACAGUACUAUGCCUAUGUUACUGAGCGGCAGAAGGUGCACUGCCUCAACACACUCUUCUCCAGGCUGCAAAUCAAUCAGUCUAUCAUCUUCUGCAACUCGACUCAGAGAGUGGAACUGCUGGCCAAGAAGAUCACACAACUUGGCUACUCCUGUUUUUACAUCCAUGCCAAGAUGAUGCAGGAGUACCGAAACAGAGUUUUCCAUGACUUCAGAAAUGGGUUGUGCAGAAAUCUGGUCUGCACAGAUUUGUUCACGAGAGGCAUCGACAUCCAGGCAGUGAACGUGGUUAUCAACUUCGACUUUCCGAAGAACGCGGAGACGUACCUGCACCGCAUCGGGCGCUCAGGGAGGUUUGGCCACCUUGGUCUGGCCAUUAACUUGAUCACAGCAGAGGAUCGCUUCAACCUGAAAGCCAUCGAGGACCAGUUGGUGACUGAUAUCAAGCCCAUCCCGAGCAGCAUCGAUAAAAGUCUGUACGUGGCAGAGUUCCACUCCGCCAACGAUGAGGCAGAGGAGCAGGAGACACCUGAAGAGCCCUAAAGUACCACCAGAACCGGACAGUCAGUGCCACAAUGCAGCUGUGUGGAAAUGGUGUUGAAUGAAUGAUGGAUGGAUUGAUUUGUUUACUGUGUGUGUGUGUGUGUGUGUGUGUGUGUGUGUGUGAGAGAGCAUAGCUUAAUAUUGGUUAAGUAUUUUACAUUUUCAGUUGUAUGUGACUCUGCUCAACAUUUUCUAUUCUUUUUUUUUCUUUCUUUUUUUUCCCCUCUUAGGGUCUAAACUUAAGGUUAUAUAUGCUCUCCUCUCCUCAGGACAAACCUGGCUUUGCACAAAUAUCAGCUUUUGCACACAUACACACACACACACACACACACACACACCAGCAUUUCGGCCCUGAAUGUCCAGUGGUAUCUUUGUGUUUACUUUUUAUUUCUAAACUUUGUCAAGGAUUGUAUCACUGGCUGAGCUGAACAUGUAUUAUGCUUUGCACCCGGGGGGGAUAUAGAGAACAAAAUACAUUCCAGAGUUCAAUUCAGACUUCAGAUAGAUGAGUAAAGAUAUGGAUAGGGCAAAGUCUGGAGUGGAUAAUUAGCAUGACUAUUAAUUUGACUGGAUGAAACAAGACAAGAAUCUUUAUGAAUACUGCAAAAUGCUGCAUUUGCUGAGUUCGCUCAAGGAAUUUAAGCCUAAAGGCCACGACUUGCCAGAUACAGAAGCAUUUUUAUUUUGAACUCACUAAAGUGCCUUAUUCCAUUAGACACAACAAUUUUAGUUUAAACCUAUAGAGAUCGAGUUAAAGCUGUCGUGGUGCUACUUUAGAGUUAAAGAUGCGUAGUUUCCACAUGUGAUCCGUCACGCAAAGGGACAUGAUAAGGUGUUCGCGUCUUCCUACGCUAUAAAGUGGUAAGAUGGUAGAUCUCAAGAAUUACACAAAAAAACGAUUCGGUGCACAAAUUGUUUGCGGAAUAUUGAUCGUCUGUGGCGCUAAAUUACCUUUCAAAUUUAUAAAAGGCUCUGAAGGAAACUCGUUCAGCGUUUUCAUGCGUAGUUCAUCAUUGCAAUAAGUCAUGGCAGCUAAAAACGCGUAUGUGUGUUUGUUCUCGAGCCUUUUUUUUUUAAACGGAUCCUAAUUUUUUUUGUUUAAAUACAAACACUCCUAGCCUAAGUAGCUUAAUACCGUUUCCGUCUUUCUGCAGAUCACAGUUUAAUCCCACGAAUGAAAAAAUAUUAUUAGUCUGGUCAGUGGCAGGGGUCUAAAAUAUAUAUCUCUCUCACACACAGAGAGAGGGGUGUGUACACAUUUGCAGAUCAGUAUUUUGAGGUUUCUUUUCUUUUUUCUUUUUUUUUCUGUUCAUUUUUUAAUAGAUGUCUGUGUGCAAAGCAUAAAACCUUACUCUCACUUUUGUUUAAGGCUGUAGCCAGGUUGUUGUUUAUUGUUGUUGUUGUUAUUAUUAUUAUUAUUAUUGUUGUUGUUGUUUUUAAGAAUAAUAAUAAUAAUAAUAAUAAUAAUAAUAAUCUUGCGCUUUACUUUAUCUGGGUAUGUGUGAAUGUAUAAAUGGGGGGGGGACAUAUUUGUUAUAAAUGAGUCAGCAAAUUAGUUUGAAUGGCUCACCUAGAUUUAGUUUUGAGCUUAGAUUGAAGUGAGUUUGUGGAAUUUGAAAGCAAACUGUAGCAUUGUUUUGAUAUUGUGGCAGCUGUGAUAAUUUCCCACUUCAGAUCCUCUUUACUACCCCUGACAACCCCCUUGAGAAUCUUGCUCAGAAAGAUGUUUUAGUGUGUAGCGCUUGUAUAUCUUUUAUAUCUUUUAAUGCAGGAACCGGAGUUUGCUUUUGGUUCCAGCUCUUAACCCCCUAGCCUAGUCGGUGAAGCUGUUUGUUGUGAAUGACGGUUACAGUUUUCAGAAGUUGAUGUGAAUUUGAAUGCAGUUUCAAAUUGCAGGGGGGUCGAAGCCUGGACAACUCUGAUGUCAUUUAUUGUAUAUCAGAGUAUUUAAAAAAAAUAAUAAUAAUAACAACAAAGAAACCUGGUAUUAGAUUUCUUCAUGCUGAUGUUUGUUUUUACUCUCAGUAGUACUGUAUCCUGUAACUGUAAGGAUGGUGAGGGGGAAUAUUUUCCUUUCCUGUUGGAUCUUUUAGUGUGCAUGCGCGCAUGUGUGUGUGUGUGUGUGUGUGUGUGUGUGUGUGUGAGAGAGAGCGAGCGCGUGAAUGUAAAAUCUUGUGUUGUAGCUUACAGAAGAGAGAGUGUAAAAAAAUGUCAUGUCUUGGGGGAUUUCUUUCAGCUGUGUGAUAAAACUGCCUUUCAGGACUUUAGCUAAAGCAUAACCAAAAAGUGAGAUUGUGUGUGGGAGGGAGGGUAGGUGUGUGUGUGUGUGGGAGGG